GUCAACUUCUCCGCUUUGCCUCGCUCGCAUCCGGCGUUCCUGCGCCUCCGCGUCCGCCGCGGCCAGAUCUCGAUGCGGCCCUGCUGACGCGCUGAAGCUGACCCGCCGACAUGACAUCCCGCGGCGACGACGACGACCACGUCUCGCUCCUCAGAUCCCACCCCGCGCCCGGAGGAGCCGCGGCCGGCUCGUCGGCGUCGGCGUCGCCGUGCCCCUCGCCGCGGACGGUCCCGGACGUCGAGGCGGCGGACGAGGCCACCGUCACCGCCUCCCCGAGGCGCGGCGGGGGCGUGCGCGGCCUCCUCCGCCACCUCGACCGCCGCCUCUCCGCCCGCGGAUCCGGGCGUCGAAGCCAGCAGCAGCAGCUCAGUCGCUCCGCCUCCCCGGGCACCGAGCAGCCGCCCCCGGCGUCUUCGCUGCAGCAGAGGGAGCGGGUCGGGGAGGAGCUAGGGGAUGGGGCGCCGCCAGAGUGGGCGCUGCUGCUCAUCGGCUGCCUCCUCGGUCUCGCCACCGGCAUUUGCGUCGCCGCGUUUAACCGCGGGGUUCAUGUCAUACAUGAAUGGGCAUGGGCGGGUACACCCAAUGAAGGUGCAGCUUGGCUCCGCAUACAGAGGCUAGCAGAUACUUGGCACAGAAUACUGCUGAUCCCUGUGACAGGAGGCGUUGUUGUAGGAAUGAUGCAUGGGCUGAUUGAGAUAUUUGAUCAGCUGAAACUUGUUAAACCUCCUCAGAAGCAAGGAAUCAAUUUCCUUGCAGCAAUCUUUCCAACUAUAAAUGCUAUCCAGGCUGCGGUAACUCUAGGUACUGGUUGCUCGUUGGGACCUGAAGGGCCUAGUGUGGAUAUUGGCAAAUCAUGUGCAAAUGGGUGCUCAGAAAUGAUGGAGAAUAACAGGGAGAGGAGGAUUGCUCUUGUAGCUGCUGGUGCUGCUGCUGGAAUUGCUUCAGGCUUCAAUGCAGCAGUUGCUGGGUGUUUCUUUGCCAUUGAAACUGUAUUGAGGCCACUGAAAGCAGAAAAUUCACCUCCUUUUACCACUGCUAUGAUAAUAUUGGCAUCUGUUAUAUCAUCUACUGUGUCAAAUGUUUUGCUUGGAGAAAGGCCAGCUUUUAUAGUGCCAGCAUAUGAGCUAAAAUCUGCUGCAGAGCUACCUUUAUACCUCAUCUUAGGAAUGCUGUGUGGAGCAGUCAGUGUCGUAUUUAGCCGGUUGGUCGUAUGGUUUUCGAGAAUUUUUGGACACUUGAAAGAAACAUAUGAUUUUCCUAUUGUAGUAUACCCUGCUUUGGGUGGACUAGGAGCUGGCCUCAUAGCUCUCAAAUAUCCUGGUAUUUUAUACUGGGGUUUCACAAAUGUUGAAGAAAUAUUACAUACUGGGAAAAGUGCUUCUGCUCCUGGUAUCUGGUUGUUAACUCAGCUCGCAGCUGCAAAGGUAGUUGCAACUGCCCUUUGCAAGGGAUCUGGCCUUGUAGGUGGGCUAUAUGCACCAAGCCUGAUGAUUGGGGCUGCUGUUGGAGCUGUUUUUGGAGGGUCAGCUUCAUAUUUAAUAAAUUCAGCUAUACCUGGUAAUGCUGCUGUUGCACAGCCACAAGCUUAUGCUCUAGUUGGAAUGGCUGCUACAUUAGCUUCAGUCUGUUCGGUCCCACUGACUUCAGUACUGCUUCUCUUUGAACUGACAAAGGACUACAGAAUUUUGCUACCUCUCAUGGGAGCAGUUGGGUUAGCAAUCUGGGUUCCUUCUGUAGUAAACCAUCCAAAUGAUGGUGAAUUUUCUAGGUUUAGAACACCCAGGCGUGGUUAUUCUUCACUUUCUUCGGAAGAGAGAAAUAGUACUAGCUGGAGACGAGGUGACAGUGUAAAUGAUCUUGAGCUCAAUAGCUUACGGACUGAUAUUAAUAGCCAUGGAACCUAUAAUGAGGAAAUGCUUCUAGAUGAUCUGAAGGUCUCCCAGGCCAUGUCAAAGAGCUAUGUUAAAAUUCCACCAUCUGCCACAGUGACAGAAGCUCUCAAGCUUUUGCAUGAUAAGCAGCAAAAUUGUGGCCUUGUUGUGGACUGUGAAGAUCAUCUUGAAGGAAUUGUUACACUAGGGGACAUUCGCCGUAUGGGAUUUGAAUUGCAUGAAGGCUGUCUCAUGAAUGGAGACCAGCUCAAGCCCGCUGAAAAUUCUUCGGCCAUUUCAUUGUGUCUUACUCGAGGAUUCCAGUACCAGGGGAAUGAACGUGGAUUGCUAACAUGCUUUCCUGAUACUGAUCUGACCACUGCAAAAAACCUUAUGGAGGCCCGAGGAAUAAAACAGCUGCCUGUCGUGAGGCGUGGUGUGGGCCACAGAACUGAAGGGAAACGCAAGCUCAUUGCUCUUCUCCAUUAUGAUUCUAUUGGUCACUGCUUACGGGAGGAAAUUGAGAAUUGGAAGGCCAUAUAUCAAAUAAAAGAUGACUUUCGUCUUAUAGGCCACUGAACAACAAUACAGUGACCAACUUUACACCGCAACACUGGCAUGUAAUUUGAUAUCCUUGAGGCAUUUCUGCCAAAUGGGGAUGCAUGAAACAUACACGUGACUUCAACCUGUACAGAUUUAAGGGCUCCACUCGGACCACUCCAAAGAACAUUUUGCCAUACGAGGAAACUGUUCAUUGUACCGUAGCUAAUUUUGCAAUUCUUGUUGCGAAGCAACUUGUAGCUCGUGGGAAGGCAUGGGUAUGUGUGAAUUCAGUUAUUCGGAACUGGAUGGCGGCAUUGUAAUGUAGUAAUACAUCUUGUACCCUUGUACCAUCUGUAACUCUGUAACAUCCUUUUGCUGUGGAAGCAGCCGAUGCUCCAGCUUGGGAAGUACAGUCACACAGGAAACUAGUGUACUAGUAAUAAACUUAGGUCCUGUUUAGUUCUUAAAUUUUUUUUCCAAAAACAUCGUAUCAAAUUUUUGAACAUAUAAAUAAAGCAUUAAAUA